GUUACGGUUCUCGGUAGUCUCGGCUCCUGCCCGGACCUGCAGCGCCAGAGGGAUGUCGGUGCUGGUGUGUGGGUUAUCAGGGCGCGGAUCAAGCCUCCACAUUUGGUUUCCAGUCGCGUCCUGCGCGCUGCCGGACGCGCAGGCGAUCAGCUGAGCAGGAAAAGAGACGGAGCCGCCGUGAGAAACUGGCGCAGUCGCUCAGCGUCUGUGCGGACAUUUCAGCGGAGUUUACUGCCCGGAUCCGCUUCCAGCGUCCGUGCGCCGCGGCUGCUUUUGCGGGUGGGAUGUUGGAGGUGGUCGACGCGCAAAAAUGAACACAGACUGCACCCAACCUUCAGCGGCUGCAGCGCCAAGAUUUGUACGUCACGCCAGCCUGAAGCUGCCUUCCCCUCUUAUGUCUGCAUCCAGGGGCCCUAAACCUUCUGUAGCCCCAAAACCUAAAGUCAAUGUGCUUUUAAAUGGCAACCAAGGAGGGUUCAGUAACGGCAAUGCUGGAACGUCUUAUGGAGGGGGUAAAGAAGUAGUUGUGAAACAGAAUGGUCUGAACAAAGUCAUCGUGAACGCAUCACCUGGAAAUAAACAAAUUAACGUCUACAGUUUCAAAUACCGCAAAACACAUUUAAAAACUAUGUGGAAGGGGACAGUGAACAGUGGACGGACGGAGGUGGAAAAGGAGGAGGAGGAAGAUGAAAGCCAAAACAUGGAUGAGGACUGCAAAUUAGCAGACAGUGCCCUCACAGAGGAGGCCGACCACCUGAAAACUCCUUGGGUUAGUGACGACAGACUCACUUCUGACUCCGAGGGGGUAGAGGAGAUGAAUGACACGGACAACAUGGAUGCUGAAGUCUGUGAUGGAGGUGAGGCACUGGCUGACACAGAUGGCCUCUCAAUGGGAGAGAUUUCUGUUCAUAGUGCCGAAGAGAGGUUGCCUUGCCACUCCGCCGGCAAGCAGGAAAAGCUUUGGACAAAUGGAGACAGAAGUACCGUGGAUGAUUUAUCGGAGUCUUCUACUGAUGAGAAGGGACUCUGUCUUAGCGAGAGAAUGAUGGACAUCGAUGCGAAACAUGAAAGUCCUGAUAGGUGUUGCAAUAGCCUGAAGUUGAUGUGUGGCCAUCAAAUUAGGGAAAAGGGUGAAAAUCAGCUGGAGGUUAGUUUGUAUGACUUAAUUCCUAAAAACCACAAACAAGCCUGUCACGGAGCCAUGGAGCCUUUUUAUAUAUGUUCAGACGACAUUAUUAACAUGCCGACUACCCUCUCAGAAAGUAGCAUUUUUGCUGUAAACAGAGCUGGAGUAUCAGCCAGAAAAUACAACGAAACAACAGAAGAUGGACAUUUGGUGGAAUGUGAUAACAUUGAGGAAGAGGAUGAGUAUGGCAUCGGUGAUAAGGCUAAUGAAAUGGAGGACAUGUUGAACCAUUUGGACUGCCAGGCAAGGUUCAGACAGGUUGCCAUCUCGGUGCCAACGGACACGGACACCUCAAUGGCGUCUUCUUUCUCUGAGAGCCAGCUGCUAUCCAUGAAUGACUCUGAUGUCUUCAAAGAUGAGGAUGAUCUGGAGGGUCACAUUGUGCCCUUUCUGGACGAGACCAGUGACGUGAAACAUCAUAUUACUGAUGAGCAUGUUUACGAGGAGCCAAGGCAAAGUUCAUGCACUGAAAGAGACUUUACUUUGAAUAACAAGGCUACUGGCAUUCAAACACACUCUUUGUCCCAGCAGAGUUGCACUGCUAUGGGGGAUCGGGGAGUACAGUUCCUCCACAAGACCUAUGUUAGUGGAUUAGGACAACCUGCGUCAAGCAGCAGCCCAGUGUUAAAUUCAAUGCGGCAUAAGAGCUAUUCCAAACCCAAGUAUUUAUCCCUGUACCCACGCUCCCUGUCCAUGGAGGGACACAACACACCUCUGUGUAUCUACAAGGAAAGCUCUUACAGACACAGAGAUGGUGGUUCCUCAUCUGAAAGCUUCUCCAGAUGUUCUCCUUUGUCAUCUAGUGCCCUAUCCACACCUACUUCUUUGAUGGAUAUUCCUCCUCCCUUUGAGCUCUCCUAUAUCACCAAGAAGCCUAUCACCAAGAGUUCCCCCUCAAUUUUUACUAGGGAAGACUCUUCAGAAAAAGACAGGAAAAAGAAAUCCUCAAUUAAGCGCUUUCUGCUUAAGUUUGGGUGGAAAACGGAACAUAAGUCUGGAACAGAUGCCAAGCCGUCCUCUUCGAAGUCCUCGCCUGAGUCCAGCCAUUGCACGUCCGGCAGACGCUUGGAUUUAGAUAGGCAGAGCAUUAGUAGUUCUCCACAACUAAAUUUACGUCCGGCAAACAAGGCUCAGGGUUCACCUGAGCCUUUACCCACCUUCCUGUUCUACAAAGAGAGUAAAAGGAAAGGGAACUCUGUGGCCUUCCUCAACAGGACCGUUGUCCGAGUGGAGUCCUUCGAGGACCGCUCCCGAGUGCCUUUUGCACCUCUCCCUUUGACCAAGCCCCGCUCUAUCUCCUUCCCCAACACUGAUACCUCAGAUUAUGAGAACGUUCCUCCCCUCAGCGCCCUCAGCUCGGACUAUGAGAACGUUCAGGUGCCGCAGCGGAGGCCUGUCUUGCAGACGCCACUGGCUAACUUUUUUGAUCGUCCCAGUCGAGUCUUGUCUUCAGCGAAUGAGACGGACGGUUACGUGGACAUGAAGAGCCUCCCUGGGUUUGAGAUGAAUUUAAACUUAGCAGAACUGGAAACUGAAAGUGCCUACACAGAAGCCUACAACGUGUGCUCUGUGGCUGCUGGCGCUCUGGGCGACAGUCGGGGAGAAACGGCGGGGGAUGAAGACCAAGGACGCACCUCAGAGGAGGAAGAUGGGGGGACGGACGUCAACCAUGACCGACAGCCUGACGGUCGAUCCAGAGCCUUUUACAUCGUUAAAGAGCUGGUGGAUACGGAGAAAUUACAUGUGAAGACCCUCAGAUUGCUUCAGAAAGACUUUCGGAAAGCAGUGGGCUCUGCAGUUGGGGACGAUGGGCAGCCUGCGAUGGACGACGAGAGGCUCAGAGAGAUCCUCAACGAGCUGCCUGAUGUCUACAUGCUGCACAGCAAAAUCCUCACCGAUCUGGAGAGUCGAGUCCGACAUUGGGAUGACAGCCAAAGGAUUGCUGAUAUUUUCCUGUCCAGGAGAGCAGAGUUCUUGGUCUUCACCACUUACAUCGGCCACUAUGACAGAAGCAUGGGUUUGCUGGAGGACAGCUGCAGAGCUUCGCCUGCGUUUGCAGCUAUCGUUCAGAAAUUUGAGGAGCAGAACCCGGUCGGGGAGAGAGUCCCUUUCAAACAGCAGCUCCUGCAGGUUGUUGUGCGUGUGGCUCAGUAUCGCCUGCUCCUCACAGAUUAUCUGAACAACCUCUCCCCUGAUUCCCAGGAAUAUGAAGACACCCAAGCUGCUGUAGCAAUCAUGUCGGACAUUGCAGAUCAAGUCAAUGACAGCUUAAAACAUGGGGAGAACCUGUUGCGUCUGAUCAACAUAGCGUACAGUGUUCGCAGCCCACGGGACCUGAUUCAUCCUGGCAGGGUUUUUGUGAAGGAGGGGACCCUGAUGAAGGUCAGCAGGAAGAGUCGCCAGCCCCGACAUUUGUUUUUGAUGAACGACGUGCUGCUGUACACUUACCCCCAGCAGGAUGGGAAAUACAGACUGAAGAACACGUUGCCCCUCAGUGAGUUGAAGGUCAGUAAACCCAACAUCCCGAAUGUCCAAAAUGCCUUAAAAAUAGAGGGAUCGGACAUCUCCAUUGUUUUAUCUGCCAGCUCUUUCCUUGAACGAGAGGACUGGUAUUAUACUCUUAACCGCACAGUGACCGAACAAGCAAGAGGUUCUGUGUCAGUGAGCAGCAGCUCUGGAGAGACCAGAGAUCGUCUUUGGCUGUCUCUGGGAGAAAAAGCUCCCACCCUUGUUCCUGUCUCACAAGUGAUGAUGUGCAUGAACUGCACUGCAGACUUCAGCCUCACUGUCCGCAGACACCACUGCCACAGCUGUGGGAGAAUUGUUUGCCGAAGCUGCUCCAGGAACAGAUAUCCACUAAAAUACAUGAAAGACCGCAUGGCCAAAGUGUGUGACCACUGUUACAGCGAGCUAAAAAAGAAAGGAGGAGACGUGUCCGAGCUCCCAGGCAAAGGUAGCCCUCGGCUCACCCGCUCCAGUCGUCCUCUUUCCACCGUAUUCCAAAAUAUUCACCCUCCCAACAUAUGGAGACAUCGAAAAGGAACUGUCUCCUUUACCCAGGCAGCAGUGUCCGAGGAAGGCUCCAUCAGCGGGUCUCUGCAGCGGAGCAAGACGAGCAAGAGGAACUGGAAAAGACUGUGGUUCCUGCUAAAAGACAAGGUGCUUUACACCUACCGAGCCCAAGAGGAGAAAGUAGCGUCAGAGAGUUUACCACUUCUGGGAUUCACAGUGAAGCUACAUGACAAGCAGGGAGGAGACGCGGAGGCCAACAUCUUCCAGCUCUACCACCAAAACACUUUGUAUUACACUUUUAAAGCAGAAGAUAACUUCACAGCCCAGAGGUGGGUUAAUGCAAUGGAGGAAGCCACAAAUUUAUAGAAUCAACCAUCCUGCUGCCUCUCUCCUCCUACAAACCACCGUCUCUAAAGAGGGACCGAACUUGAAGUCAAACAGGAAAGGCGGGGAAGAGGCGCUCUUCUGUCGGCAUGUUGUGACCUGCCCAGUUUUACUGAAAAGAAGAAGACACUGUGUUCUUUAAAAGAACACACAAUCUACCUGCUUUGUCCUUCUGCAGUGUCCCCUCCCCGCUGCUACGGCAGGUGUGACGCCGAGGGCUGCUGGAGAUGUUGGCCCAGAUACCUGCCAGCGUGGAACACUGCCUGUUGGCUAAAACUCCCCGCCCUGUUUCCUGGAAUCCAAUGGAGCUUUCCUCAAAUCUUAAGCAAGAUACGUCAUAUAAAGUUCAAGACAUAUAUGUGGACAUGGUUAAUUAUUAAUGAAAAUAAUGAAACCAGGAAGUGAAAUGACUGAUUUUGCUGCUGUUCACUUUAGGAAACACAUUGAAGCCUCAGUCAUUAUUCUCGAAUGGCCUCAUCUGUACUCUGAAUUACUUAAGCCUUAAUUUCAACGUGUGCUUUUUAAAAAAAAAAAUAUAUAUAUAUAUAUAAAUACAUUUGAAGCAUUAACAUACCAGUUGGUGGGAAGAACAGACUAAAUGGUUGAAAACAUAUGAGUCUGUUUCUUGGCUGUGUACUAUAUUGUUGAAGUCGGUCCUAUCAAUAUUUAAAAAAUCAGUCUGUGCUGAUGUUAAAGGAAUUGUUCAGGAUUUUUAAAGAGAGGCGCCUUGAAAAUGUUAGAAGCAGUUAAUAAUUUACGUGCUGUAAAAUCUACACUAACAGUAAAACGUUUGGACUCACCAUAUGAUUCAGUGGUUUGUCUUUAUUUUUAUAACCACCUGUGGGAACUCCUUCAAGACAGUUGGAAAACCAUUUCAGGGGAACAAAUUCAUGAAGUUCAUCAAGAAAAGGCCAAGAGUGACCAAAGCAGUAAUCAGAACAAAGUGGGGGCAUUUAGAAAAAGCUAAAAUAUACAAGUUGUUUUAAAUUAUUUCACAAACUUGUGUUUGAUACCUAAUGGUAUAUACUUUUGAGUUUUGAUGUUGUCACUUUGUAUCUGCAAUGUAGAAAGUCAUAAAGAUAAGGAAAAGCCAUUGAAUGACAACUGGUGAGUCCAAACUUUUGACUGGUAAGGUAAACAAACCCAGAUGGGUUGGUACCAGAGGCUGAGGCUAGUGGCUAGUCGGAAACAGGCUAAGACCAAAGCAAACUUAUAUUGUCUUAAAACGAUUACAAGCUCAAAAUAGUAGCUAAUGCAAAUGCUUUUUCCCCGACUCUUAGAAAUAAAAAUGCUGACAUACAAGAGCGUUUGGAGGCUGUGCACUGACUUUCCUGCAUAAAACACACACUGAAAACUAAUUUUGGGAAGUGGUUCCACUCUGAUACAAAUCUAAAUUGGUGUAAAAAGCAAAGGUAAUGUAGCACCAUUUUAUUGAUUUUUAGACUGCUUUCCUUUUCUACUAGGUACACCAAAGAUUUCAUGCCACUGGCAGAUUUAGGUUUAUCAUAAGCCUUAAAUUGAACCCAUAUAUUUCUUCUGACUGCAAAUAAUAGUAGCGUUUUGGAGUCCCGACUUGAAUCCAAUAAAGAAUCUGCAGUAAGGUGCAGAAGAUAAACUGUCAAAAUACCAGUGGAAACACACAAAACGUGUGUUAGCAAUUAUAGGAAUGGUUUGACUGCCGUAAUGCCAAUAAAAACUACUGAGAAGUGUAUAAACAAUUUGUGACCUGUCCUUUUUAAAGCUAACAUGUAAAUAGAAACCAAUAAAUGUUAUUAUUUUAAAGCUGAA